AUGGCCGUCGAGCAAAACCCACAAAAAUCCCUGCUCGAUUCCCUUUACUGCGAGGAAGAAGAAGCAAAAUGGGGUGAAAUCGAAGACGACGAGGCCCAAAUCGCCAUAAAAAACCAAUCUUUUUUCAUCAACAACACCACUACAAACAUGAACGAAAACGACGAAAAUCAUCUCUGUCUCUUUCCUCUGCUUUUGUUGGAACAAGAUUUGUCCUGGGACGACGGCGAGCUCGAGGCCCUCUUCGUCAAAGAGAGAGAAACCCGUUUACCGGAACCCGACCCGACGACGGGCCUUCUCAGUCUCACCCUCUCCACAGCGAGAAAAGAGGCCGUGGAAUGGGUCCUGAAAGUCAAUGCCCGAUACGGGUUCUCGCCGUUGACCGCCGUCCUCGCCGUCAACUACCUCGACCGGUUCUUGUUCGGCGUGGGUUUUCAGUCGGAGAAGCCGUGGACGGCCCAUCUCCUCGCCGUCGCCUGUCUAUCUCUCGCCGCGAAAGUAGAGGAAACCCAUGUCCCCCUGCUCCUAGAUCUUCAAGUUGAGGAUGCAAAAUACUAUUUUGAGGCCAAGACUGUACAGAGGAUGGAGCUUUUGGUGCUCUCAGGGCUAAAAUGGAGAAUGAACCCAGUGACCCCACUUUCCUUUCUUGAUCAUGUAAUCCGACGGCUGGGAUUGAAAACCCAUGUUCAUUGGGAAUUUCUGAGGAGCUGUGAAGAUUUGCUUCUAUCACUUGUCCCAGAUCCAAGAUUUUCUUGCUAUCUCCCCUCAGUUUUGGCUACAGCCACAAUGCUUCAUGUUAUCCAUCAAGUUAAGCCUUGCAGUGCAUUUGUGUAUGAAAACCAGCUUCUUGGUGUGCUCAAAAUCAACAAGGAGGAAUUGGAUGAAUGCUAUGAGCUUAUGAUCUCCAACAGAAACCCUUUAAAACGUAGAUUUGGGGAUUCAUUAAUUUUGAGCUAUGAUGAUGAUGAUGGGUCAAAUGACUCAUGGGCAUCCAUGACGUCAUCAUCGUCGUUGUCGUCGUCAUCGUCAUCGUCAUCAUCAUGCAUAUCAUCUUCAGCCCAUGAGCCCAUCUUCAAGAAAGCCAGAAGAAUUCAAGAAGAGACAAUGAGAUUGCCAUCUUUGAACAGGGUUUUUGUGGAUCCUAUUGGCAGCCCACAUUAA